AUGAAUUCUUUGAAAGAAUUAUCGAGUUUUUGUGAAUUAUUGAUUUUAAACAUAACUGAAGAUCGGAAUCAAUUUCAUCGGCUAAAGUUAUGUCCUUCUGAAGUUUUUAAUGAGAAAGAAAGAAAUGUAUUAUUGCUUUAUAAGAAAUUAGAGGAACUGAGGAAUAAAAGAAAAAUGCUUUUGUUUGAGGAGGAAAUCUCGGUGGAUAAUAAUAUUUUGGAUCAAGAGUUAUCGGAAAAAAUUAAAGAAGCAGAAUUUGAGCUGCUUAUUGCUAAUGCAACAAAUACGACAAAAGAUCUUAUAAUUGAGAAUUUUAUUGAAACAAAUCCUAUUUUGCAGGCAGCUUAUUCAACUCAGGAUUCAACAAAACAGGAUAAAAUUAUAGGUUUAUGUCUUGAGAAUUGUGAUAAUAUUAUCUCCAAUCUUUUAAAUCUUCACAAUAUUUUAUUAAAAAAUGAAAAAAAAAUUGUCCCUCUUCAAAAAGAAGUUUUAAAUUUGUUUUUAAAAAAUAAAGAAAAGGUUAAUAAAAUUAUGGAAAUUAUUACAAAUAUUAAGGACCGCGAAGAGAAAAUAUUGUCAGUUUUGGAAAAACAACAAAAAGAAAAACUUAUUAAGGAAAUGAAUGAUAUAAAGAAUCGUGCUAUUAUUGUAAAAAACUGUUUACAAGGUAUAAUUCUAGAGAGCGGAAUUGAUUGGUAUGGGAAUGAACACUGGAGAAACAUAAUGCUUAAGGCUGGCGAAGUUGACGAUUAUUAG